CGUCACAAUCAGUAAGACGUCAGCGAAAAAGGGAGAGAGAAAGAGAGAGUGAGAGAGAGGAUGGAACAAUCUGGUCGGGGUACGAGGCAGAGCAGUCCGUAAUAACAACAUGUGACAGGUUUUUAGGAAGAUGUUCUUUGCUAUAUAAAGAGGAGUUAACUGCACUAAUUCAGAUCAGAAACCCGAACGAAUCAACAUGGCAAGCUGCUGCAUCAGCAAUAACAAUAAAGAUGAAUCAGAGAAAUUGCCGAAGCUGCGAGUUCUCACAAAAGAUGAAGCAGAGUUCUAUUACAAAAGAAUUAUUGGGUGCGAGGUAUCUGAUUGUCAAGUGAAGGAUAAGAAACCAUGGGCAAAGACAAAUGUUAGAUUCAAAGAACAGACUGAUACUAGCGGAGUAUAUUCUGGUGUGAAAGACAAACCUGAUAAUGCCAGUGUAAACCAACAGAUCACAUUACCGAAGCUGAAGUGCUGUAAAGGACCUGUCCGUGAGGUACCACAACAGGAGAGAAAUAUAGGUCAGGCUGGUUCCAGGUAUUCAGUCAAGUUUACUGCUAGUCCAGCUAUUGGUGGUGGUAGUUACCAAUCUAUAUUGCGCCAGCCUAUGACACACAUAUAUAAAGUACAUCAGUUGCCAGUUCAGAGAGAAGGACCUUCUAUUGGUUGCACGAGAAUCACAAGACACCUUCCAUCAUACAAUCUGAAACUUGUUAAGCAUAAAGUAACAAUCAAGCCAUGGGUUUUCCCAACAGCAACACAAUCUUACCACAGGACCAUGGUUGGUGGUAACUCGAAAGGAUUCUGUGCACCAAAAGAAAAGAAAAUUAAACCAGAAGCUGCGGUUGCCCAGUUAGAAGUGCGACCUCGUUUACAACAAAUAACAAGGCACAACAAUAAGGAUGAACAAUCUGUCGGGAGUAUGGAUUAUCAAACAAAGAAGAAACCUGACUCCAGUAAUACUAAACAACAUUCAGUGGAUAAGACACGUUCCACCAAAGAGACUAGUGCUGCUAAAAAAGAUCACACAGGAAGGCAAUAUAAACACACUCAAGACGACAAACGCGAAUGGAAGAAAGUUUCUAAAGAUCCAUCGAAAGGCACACAUGAGGGACAAACGACUGCUAGCCAGCAGCAAUAUCAAUUAACCUCGUCAGCAGCAGACGGAACUUACAAACCACCCGAGAAACCGUUUGAUGGCAGGACUGUUUACAAAGAAGGCUUAAAAUCACAAAAGGUACAUCCUAAAUAUAACUUGAAACAAGAAGAUAGUGUUGUCAAGUCAAAAAUGCAAUUUGAUUAUCAAAAGACAUCUAAAAAGGAUUUCCCUAAAUAUAAAGUCGAACAGCGAACAGAUCAUAAACAACAGGACGUUUAUGUGCCACCUUCUGAAUCUUUCAGUGACCAUACUGAUGAUAAGGAUUCGUUUAAUGUCAGUCAGGUACAAAAAAGUGAACCAAAUACAAACGAGAAUUAUAUUCUUCCUGAUAUAGAUUUCGAAGGCAGAACCACAAAUCGAGAGAGUUUCAAAGGGAUUUUUGUACCUAAAAGAGAGAACUUGAAACCAGAAAAUAUUGCUAUACAUUCAGAAACACCAUUUGAUGAUACUACGACAUCAAAACACGAUUUCAAGAAACAUGAUGUUCAACGUCGAUUAGAUUACAAACCACAGGAAGUUUACGUGUCAUCUACAGAACCGUUUGAUGACAACACUGAUUACAAGAAUUCGUUUAAAGUUCACCAGAUACCUAAAAGAGAAAACUUUAAACCAGAAAAUAUUGCUAUACAUUCAGAAACACCAUUUGAUGAUACUACGACAUCAAAACACGAUUUCAAGAAACAUGAUGUUCAACGUCGAUUAGAUUACAAACCACAGGAAGUGUACGUGCCAUCUACAGAACCGUUUGAUGACAACACUGAUUACAAGAAUUCGUUUAAAGUCCACCAGAUACCUAAAAGAGAAAACUUUAAACCAGAAAAUAUUGCUAUACAUUCAGAAACACCAUUUGAUGAUACUACGACAUCGAAACACGAUUUCAAGAAACAUGAUGUUCAACGUCGAUUAGAUUACAAACCAGAGGAGGUUUACGUGCCAUCUACAGAACCGUUUGAUGACAAUACUGAUUAUAAGAAUUCGUUUAAAGUCCACCAGAUACCUAAAAGAGAAAAUUUUAAACCAGAAGAUAUUGUUGUCCAUUCUGAAACACCAUUUGAUGAUACUACGACAUCAAAACACGAUUUUAGGAAACAUGAUGUUCAACGUCGAUUAGAUUACAAACCACAGGAAGUUUACGUGCCAUCUACAGAACCUUUUGAUGACAACACUGAUUACAAGAAUUCGUUUAAAGUUCACCAGAUACCUAAAAGAGAAAACUUUAAACCAGAAAAUAUUGCUAUACAUUCAGAAACACCAUUUGAUGAUACUACGACAUCAAAACACGAUUUCAAGAAACAUGAUGUUCAACGUCGAUUAGAUUACAAACCACAGGAAGUUUACGUGCCAUCUACAGAACCUUUUGAUGACAACACUGAUUACAAGAAUUCGUUUAAAGUUCACCAGAUACCUAAAAGAGAAAACUUUAAACCAGAAAAUAUUGCUAUACAUUCAGAAACACCAUUUGAUGAUACUACGACAUCGAAACACGAUUUCAAGAAACACGAUGUUCAACGUCGAUUAGAUUACAAACCACAGGAAGUGUACGUGCCAUCUACAGAACCGUUUGAUGACAACACUGAUUACAAGAAUUCGUUUAAAGUCCACCAGAUACCUAAAAGAGAAAACUUUAAACCAGAAAAUAUUGCUAUACAUUCAGAAACACCAUUUGAUGAUACUACGACAUCGAAACACGAUUUCAAGAAACAUGAUGUUCAACGUCGAUUAAAUUACAAACCAGAGGAGGUUUACGUGCCAUCUACAGAACCGUUUGAUGACAAUACUGAUUAUAAGAAUUCGUUUAAAGUCCACCAGAUACCUAAAAGAGAAAAUUUUAAACCAGAAGAUAUUGUUGUCAAUUCUGAAACACCAUUUGAUGAUACUACGACAUCAAAACACGAUUUUAGGAAACAUGAUGUUGAACGUCGAUUAGAUUACAAACCACAGGAAGUUUACGUGCAAUCUACAGAACCUUUUGAUGACAACACUGAUUACAAGAAUUCGUUUAAAGUUCACCAGAUACCUAAAAGAGAAAACUUUAAACCAGAAAAUAUUGCUAUACAUUCAGAAACACCAUUUGAUGAUACUACGACAUCAAAACACGAUUUCAAGAAGCACGAUGUUCCACGUCGAUUAGAUUACAAACCACAGGAAGUUUACGUGCCAUCUACAGAACCGUUUGAUGACAACACUGAUUACAAGAAUUCGUUUAAAGUCCACCAGAUACCUAAAAGAGAAAACUUUAAACCAGAAAAUAUUGCUAUACAUUCAGAAACACCAUUUGAUGAUACUACGACAUCAAAACACGAUUUCAAGAAGCACGAUGUUCCACGUCGAUUAGAUUACAAACCACAGGAAGUUUACGUGCCAUCUACAGAACCGUUUGAUGACAACACUGAUUACAAGAAUUCGUUUAAAGUCCACCAGAUACCUAAAAGAGAAAACUUUAAACCAGAAGGUAUUGCUAUACAUUCAGAAACACCAUUUGAUGAUACUACGACAUCAAAACACGAUUUCAAGAAACAUGAUGUUCAACGUCGAUUAGAUUACAAACCACAGGAAGUUUACGUGCCAUCUACAGAACCGUUUGAUGACAACACUGAUUACAAGAAUUCGUUUAAAGUCCAUCAGUUACCUAAAAGAGAAAACUUUAGACCAGAAGAUAUUGCUAUACAUUCAGAAACACCAUUUGAUGAUACUACGACAUCAAAACACGAUUUCAAGAAGCAUGAUGUUCAACGUCGAUUAGAUUACAAACCACAGGAAGUUUACGUGCCAUCUACAGAACCGUUUGAUGACAACACUGAUUACAAGAAUUCGUUUAAAGUCCACCAGGUACCUAAAAAAGAAAACUUUAAACCAGACAAUAUUGUUGUCCAUUCAGAAACACCAUUUGAUGAUACUACGACAUCGAAACACGAUUUUAGGAAACAUGAUGUUCAACGUCGAUUAGAUUACAAACCACAGGAAGUUUACAUAGCAUUUACAGAACCUUUUGAUGACAACACUAAUUAUAAGAAUUCGUUUAAAGUCCAUCAGUUACCGAAAAGAGAAAACUUUAAACCAAAAGGUAUUGCUAUACAUUCAGAAACACCAUUUGAUGAUACUACGACAUCGAAACACGAUUUCAAGAAGCACGAUGUUCCACGUCGAUUAGAUUACAAACCACAGGAAGUUUACGUGUCAUCUACAGAACCGUUUGAUGACAACACUGAUUACAAGAAUUCGUUUAAAGUCCAUCAGUUACCGAAAAGAGAAAACUUUAAACCAGAAGGUAUUGCUAUACAUUCAGAAACACCAUUUGAUGAUACUACGACAUCGAAACACGAUUUCAAGAAGCAUGAUGUUCAACGUCGAUCAGAUUACAAACCACAGGAAGUUUACGUGCCAUCUACAGAACCGUUUGAUGACAACAGCGAUUACAAGAAUUCGUUUAAAGUCCACCAGGUACAGAGAAGGGAACCUAGACCAAAAGAGGAAUAUAUUCCAUCGGCUUUUGAAUUUGAAGGCAGAACCACAAAUCAAAAUAAUUUCAAAGGGAUUUUUGUACCUAAACGAGAAAACUUUAAACCAGAAGAUAUUGUUAUCAUUUCGGAAACACCAUUUGAUGAUACUACGACAUCAAAAAACGACUUUAGGAAACAUGAUGUUCAACGUCGAUUAGAUUACAAACCACAGGAAGUUUACGUGCCAUCUACAGAACCGUUUGAUGACAACAGCGAUUACAAGAAUUCGUUUAAAGUCCACCAGGUACAGAGAAGGGAACCUAGACUAAAAGAGGAAUAUAUUCCAUCGGCUUUUGAAUUCGAAGGCAGAACCACAAAUCAAAAUAAUUUCAAAGGGAUUUAUUUACCUAAAAGUGAAAACUUUAAACCAGAAGAUAUUGUUAUACAUUCAGAAACAUCAUUUGAUGAUACUACGACAUCCAAAAACGAUUUUAGGAAACAUGAUGUUCAACGUCGAUUAGAUUACAAACCACUGGAAGUCUAUGUGCCACCUACAGAACCGUUUGCUGACAACACUGAUUAUAAAAAUUCGUUUAAAGUCCACCAGGUACAGAGAAGGGAACCUAGAUCAAAAUAGGAACAUAUUGCACCAGUUUUAGAAUUCAAAGGCAGAACCACAAACUGAAAGAUGUAUGUACAUAAAAGACGAAGCAGAAGAUGUUGUUACCCACUCAGGAAUAUCAUCUGAUGAUGCCACUUUGUCAAGAAAGGAUUUCAAUAAACAGAAAGUUGAAUAUUACGAGCCACCCGGUAAAUCUCUUGGUAACGAUUCUGCGUACACGGAUUCAUUUACAGUCAGGAUACAAAUGCAGAAACCAAGACCAAAGGAUUAAUUUGAUAGACCCGCAUUUCUCGAUAGUUUCUAAGGAAAAUAUUCAGCAGAAAGAGUAAGGCUUUAAACCAGAAGUAGGCUUUGGUGAUUGAACGACGUCAACGAAUGAUUUUACAGUAUAGAAUAGUUUAACAUGGGAACAAGUAAAAUGUAAGCAACACAUUUGUGGUGUGAAGUUUGAAAUGCAAGAGAAACAACUCUCCAGUAGGUGAUCUAGGUGGAGUGAAGGAUUUGAUGUGAUGGGGGUAAAAUGGGCGGUUUACUGGUAUGUCAGUAUUGUUCACACAAUGGAGUCAAUAUUUAGGUGGUAUUUCAACAGUAAUGAACUAUUUAUAUAAUUUUGUGUAAAAGCUUUGAAUUACUCAUUUUCAAAGUUUUCAAAGUAUGAAAUAAAAUAUUCAAUGUUUUUAGUUAAUAUACCGGAAUAUUGGAUGUACCAAUAACAGAUACAUUUGUACAUAAACCCCAGUAUCACUGAUAAUUAAAAGUUAUAUAAAUUUUAUUCUAUUUAGAUUACACAAGGUUCCAAUAAGACUUUAUAUAACUUUUAUACCUCUUUCGCAAACACCUGAUACCAUCACCGUUUUACUGUGAUUCACGAGUGCGUGCCAUCACAGCUGUAUAUAUUCCAUUGAGCUCUAUCCUGUGCAAACUUGAGGUUUCUAAGCUAGUAUUGGGGGUGGCAGGCCUCCUACGGGCGGUGCAGCAGGGAAUUGCGACAACUGAUAGUGGAUCAUGGAAGCAAUCACGACUUUGUCUAACGUCCUUUCGACUCUGUCUUGUGUAAAGAAAGUUUAAAGUUUGUUUUGUUUAACGACACCAAUAUAUUUAUUAAUCAUCGGCUAUUGGAUGUCAAAGAUACGAUUUUGAUGUUAAGAUACGGUUUUGUCAUUCAGAAUAAUACCUGUUAUAUGAUACAGAUAGUUACUCAAGCUAUCAGAUGUUUUGUUUGAUCAACAGGCUUCUGUGGUUCAUUGGUUCACGUCCUUCCACCAAACAAAAAACCCCAAAAUACAACAACAACACCAGACCCAAAAGUUUACUGGCCUUCAAUUACUUUUGUUGAGUAUAUUACAAAGAUACUAGAGGGGGGGGGGGGGGGGGGGGGGGGUGGGGGCAAUGACAUGUGGCAGAAGGCCACAAACGUUCCCGAAAGGGAUUCGUCGGAUUCUUUAAAAAAAAUAAAAAAAAUAAUUAUAAUAAUACUGUCGCCCCCCCCCCCCCCCCCCCCAUACACACCUUAGAUCCGCCCCUGGUAAUAGCUCAAUUGACCACAAAAAGGCGAGUCAUUUGUUUUCAUUUGUUUAGCACUUUUUAUUCAACGAUGAAACAACAACAGCAGGUAGUACACACACCAUCACACGUUUUCUCAUAAUUACGGACACAGAAUAUUGCAAAAUAAAAGCUUAUAGUCGUUCAAACGA